CCCUACACUCCAAUAAUUAGCACUCUCUCUUGAAAUGACUUGGAAAAUUUGCAUAUAUUUUGCAUUUAAUUAGUUGUAUGUAUUUUGGAUUUCUCUUCCCACCCCGUCCACAUUAGAUUGUUAAACUCUUUGAGGUUAGGACUAAAGGCUAUCUAUGUUGGCUUUAUCUUUGUAUCCCCAGUUUCACAAAACCUUGCACCGUGCACAUGGGCUUUGUUGGAUUGGAUCUUUGAAUCCUCGGGAUCCAGAACAGAAUCCUGGCUAUAGAACAGUUCAUGCUGUGAGUGGUUGCCGGUGUAGCGACCACUGGGUAUAAGAAAAAGUUGGAGGAGUAGACCAGAGAGAAAGCAAAAAUUACGUAAAGGAAGUCGGAGCAAAGGGAAAUUAAGUGUUGCCUUUUGCAGACUCACAGCGUUCCAAACUGGGCCUAAGGAGAACCUUUCUGUUCUGUCCUCCCGAUCCCCAAUCCGCACCGGGAGUGCCCCUUCCUUGGCGAGAGGGACAUCCCAGCUUCAAAGGAUCUGGGGGUGUUAGAACUGGAAGCGAUUUGGGGGACCAACCCCCUUCAUUUUACAGAGGAGGCGACAGAUUCGGAGAAGUCUUGCCCAAGGUCACACACGGAGUGAGGAACCGAGCUUAGUCCGUUAUCAGGCUCCUGCGUGCGGCUCGCGGCUCAGAGCGCACUGGUGGAUGAUCUAUUCCAAACCCUCUACAAAGUGAGGAAGAAAUGCGCACCGGGGAGGGCAAGGUACGUGCCCAAGGUCACAGCGGCAAAGUCGGGAUUCGAGCCGAGGUUCCCUCUGCGAUUCACUGGGCUGCCCACGAGAGGAGUUUCGUACAGACCCGCGAUGCCCGGUGUUCGCUCGCAGUGGUGCCCGGUGUCCGCUCGCAGUGGUGCCCGGUGUCCGCUCGCAGUGGUCCCCGCUGCCUUGCUGUCAGAGCGCCCAGGCCCCGCCGAAGGGCUCCCCCCACCCCCGCCCCUCCCGGGAGGUUACAGGCAUGACGUCACCGCCCCCUCCCGGAGUCCCCGGCUCCAUUUAAUGGUCGGGACGCCGGGAUCUCAGGGCGCGGGGACAGCACCCGGGCAGCUGCAGGCGAGCAGAGUUCCACGGAGGAGCCCAGCAGAACCAGCAGGAAGAUGUCCGGGCCCCGGGUCCCCAAUGAGCGGCCAGCGGGCCCUGGGGGCGUGAAGCGCGGGAGGCUGCAGCAGGAGACGGCAGCCGCGGGCUCCCGGGUGACCGUGGUGCUGGGCGCGCAGUGGGGGGACGAGGGCAAAGGCAAGGUGGUGGACCUGCUGGCCACCGACGCCGACGUCAUUUGCCGCUGCCAGGGAGGAAAUAAUGCUGGACACACUGUGGUGGUUGAUGGUAAAGAGUUCGAUUUCCACCUACUGCCCAGUGGUAUCAUCAACACCAAGGCUGUAUCCUUCAUUGGCAAUGGUGUGGUCAUCCAUUUACCUGGCCUAUUUGAAGAAGCAGAAAAAAAUGAGAAGAAAGGUCUGAAAGACUGGGAAAAAAGACUCAUCAUUUCAGACAGAGCCCACAUUGUAUUCGACUUUCACCAAGCAGUUGAUGGACUUCAGGAAAUGCAACGUCAGGCUCAGGAGGGGAAAAAUAUUGGUACUACAAAGAAAGGAAUUGGACCAACGUAUUCUUCCAAAGCUGCCAGGACUGGACUCCGCAUCUGUGACCUUCUUUCAGAUUUUGAUGAGUUUUCUGCAAGGUUCAAAAACCUGGCCUAUCAGUACCAAUCAAUGUUUCCUACUUUGGAAGUGGAUACAGAAGGACAGCUCAAAAAGCUCAAGGUCUUUGCUGAAAGAAUCAGACCCAUGGUACGAGAUGGAGUAUAUUUUAUAUAUGAAGCUCUCCAUGGGCCCCCAAAGAAGAUUCUUGUGGAAGGCGCCAAUGCAGCCCUCCUCGAUAUUGACUUUGGUACCUACCCCUUUGUGACCUCAUCUAACUGCACUGUGGGGGGAGUGUGCACAGGUUUGGGGAUCCCGCCACAGAAUGUGGGAGAGGUGUUUGGCGUGGUUAAGGCUUAUACCACCCGUGUGGGAAUUGGUGCCUUUCCUACUGAACAAAUCAACGAAAUUGGAGACCUCUUACAGAACCGAGGCCAUGAGUGGGGAGUGACCACAGGCAGAAAGCGGCGCUGUGGCUGGUUAGACCUUAUGAUUUUGAGAUACGCACACAUGAUCAAUGGAUUUACUGCGCUGGCAUUAACCAAACUGGAUAUCCUCGAUGCCCUAGAUGAAAUUAAAAUUGGUGUUUCAUACAAAUUGAAUGGAAAAAGAAUUCCAUACUUUCCAGCUAAUCAGGAAAUACUUCAGAAGGUGGAAGUGGAGUAUGAAACAAUGCCUGGAUGGAAGACAGAUACAACUGGGGCCAGAAAAUGGGAAGACCUCCCUCCCAAGGCUCAGAAUUACAUCCGAUUUGUGGAGAAUCACAUCGGUGUAGCAGUUAAGUGGGUUGGUGUUGGAAAAUCAAGAGAGUCUAUGAUUCAGCUGUUUUGAACAGAGAAGGAACUUCAGUCCUGAAAAGCACAAUUAUAGACAAUAGUCUUCUGUUCCCCCAAGGCCAUAGUAGCUAUUCUGUUACUGAUAAGACUAAAUUGAAAAGAUUAUGGAAAAAAAUAAAAAAACAUAUUUUCUGUAUUUU